UGUGUAAGCGUCUGCCCCCGGGCCAUGCAAAGUUUCUGUAGCUAGUGUGUAGGCAGCAUAAUAAUUAUAAUAAUAAUAAUAAUUAUUAUAAUAUUAACCUGCUACAGACGCAUAGGUAGGUAGGUAAGUAGGUAGGUAGAUAGGCAGCUCUAGUCUUGCGAAGCCGUUUCCGAUUAAAUGAAAAGUGAAAGUGAAUUACGCCAUCGCUGUCUGACCAGCUGGCUGGAUGUACUUGGCAAACCGAAAGUGAACUAAAGAGAGUAGAGUUUUUCCGUUUCCAAACGGAAUCGCAAACUGUAGUUGAACGUCCGGUGUUUUAUUAAAGUAUGGAACGAAGCGAAGGCAAUCCUACCGACGUUACUUGUCUUCUGUGUAAGACGCCUGAGGAGACCAAAAUGACGGGCCCUCUGUCAUCUAAACAAGGCGUUUCGGCGCAUCAGAACUGUUUGCUUUAUGCGUCUGGAAUCUGCUGCAAAUACUCUCCAACUUAUGAUGACCUGUUUGGCUUUGAUGUAGAUGAUGUAACAACGGAGUAUAGGAGAGGCUUGAAGCUAACAUGCCACUAUUGUAAGAAGAAGGGAGCGACAGCAGGCUGUGAGAUUUCAUCAUGUCGGCGUUCCUUCCAUUACCCUUGUGCCAGAGAAUCCAACGCAACACCUAGGAAGAAUAAAGAAAAAGGUUCCUACAAGUUAUACUGUGAAAAACACAGGCCUGCUGGUCGGCCAGGUCCUAUUGCAGAAAAAAAUGGACAACACCACAACCUUUCUGGGAGAACAUCAUCCGGAAGUGACUCUGCUUCAUCGACAGGGACACAAUGCAAGAAAAGGAAGAGAGAAUAUGUGAUUUGCUCUGACUCAGACGAGGCACAGACCAUCGACCCCAUACUUGCACCGUUAGAGUCAGACGUGGAGGAUAAUACACCUCCAAAGCAACACAAGCACUCGAGAUCUGUCCCUGAAGAAGAAGGGGACAGGGGAGAGUCUACACCAACUACCUCAGGGGGCUAUGAUGUGCAUAAAAGGAAAAGAGGUGGAGAUGGUGAUGAAACAGACAUAGAGACAGGUGCCGAGUCCCCAAGUAUGUUACAAUUAGAGCUUCUUCAUGAAAAUAUGCCAGUUACUGUUAUUAUGGACUCAGGACCAUCCAUUGACUCGGAAAACAGUUUCUGUUGUAAUACUUCACCUGGCCCUGCUGUUGACGAUGCUGUUACCCUCCACACCAACACCAAAACCACCACCACCAUCACCACCACCACCCUACCUGAGGCCAGGCGCCUGCCUUUCUACUCCCCUUCACCCGGUGGAGCUGGUACUGCUGACCCGUCAGGGUCACCCAACCACUCCACUGAUAGCCCCCUAAACCUUCGAGCCCCACCACCACCUGCUGAGGGGUCAGGGGUGGUGGGUGCACCAGACUCCACUGCGGCACUCUUCUGGAGGAGCUGUAAUGAGAUGGGAUGCACAGAGACCAUAUUUGGGGAGCUCACAGAACAGCUCAUCAGCCUGGCGGAAAGGGUGCAGACUCAGCACGCCACACAACAAGACUAUAACACUGCUCUCAAGAUACUGGAAGCAUCAGGGAAACUCCCUGAAAUUUUCAGACAACAGGAACAAGACUUGGAGGACCGAGUGCGGGAGCUACAGAAGAAGAAGCAGGUGCUGAGAGAAGCCAGAGCAGUGCUACUAGCUAACCAUCUGGGCUGAUGCCAUAAGAUUGAAGCGUAAAAAAAACGUCCCUACCAAUUUAAUUAUUUUUUUCAUAGUUAUUCAACAAAGUCCCUUUAACUGGUGGCUAAUGCACAGCACUUUCCAGAUUAUAAAAUAGAAUCUAUAUAUCAUAGCAUCUUUAUAUAUAUAUAUAUAUAUAUAUAUCUUAUUUGGGGUAUUUUUUAUCCUUUCAAUAUUAUGCAUACAUGUUUAUGUGUAGUGUUUUGGGGAUUUUUUCGUAUGUUUUUUAAUGCAUAUUCUUAGUACAAGGGCGUGUAUACCAUCACACAGUUACGUGAAUAGUUAUGUCUUUCAUGAUGUAAUGGUGGAUGAGCAAAUGCAGGCUGCAACAGGAUAACAGGAUAACAAACAGGGCUUAAAACACAAAGGCAUGGAUCAGUGACAAGUAAUAAAACAGGAAAAACACAGGGUUUAAAUACACAUGAUAACAAGGGGAAAUAAGAAACACCUCAGACCAAAAAGGGGCGGAGAUAAACAAAUCACAACAAGGAAGCAGAGACAGAAAGUUAAACCAAAACUGAAAGCACAGAGAGAUGGCAGGGCAUCACCAUGGGAACAUGAUACCAAAGUAGGGACAACUGUAACACACGAAACAAAUGAGCCUUUUAUUUUAAACUUUUUUUAAACACAAAAAUUGUGGUAAUUUAUACAAUACAAUGAUCUAUCUUUUAAAUAUGUCAGUUUGAUGAUUUGUUUUUCUUACAUCCAAAACCAUUUACACAUUUUAAACAGUCACUGAUUCUUGUCUCUGGUCUCUGCAGACACAUCCGCAUUAGCAGAGCUCGAUUAGCUGCUCUCCUGUUCAGAUCAAGUAGAGUGCAGGUUAUGUAGACUUUACAAGCUAAAAACCAAGCUGCAGUGACGACAGAGUUCGGCUUUUAGUUUAUACGUAUAUCGUAAAUACACAAGAUAGAACAACUGUAGACAAUAACAGACUUUACAUAAAGUGAACCAGUGCAGUCGCUAUCACAACAAUAAUAUCCGCAUAUAUGAUAUGCUAAUUUUGCACAGGUUAAGACCACACUCAUGCAAACAGAAAGCUGACAUUUGUUCUCCAUGCUGAGAGCAUCAGACUUAACCACCUCAACAAUUUCACACUGGAAGUUCACUUUGUUUAAAGGGAUAUGAACCUGUAAGACAUCAAAGCUGGUACAAGGCUGGGCACAGACUGACGUAUGAAAUGCUGGACAUUUUGUGCUUUGUGAUGGUAUAAGUGAAGGAAACAUGAGAAGCAGCACGUGUCUGGUCAUGACUAGACUGGUCCCUCCAUGUGUAUCAUUGAUGCUCUUGGAAUCACUGCAUUCUGAAAGAUAAGAAUAUUGUUGAAAUAAACUUAAUACUGGAAGAGAAAUAUUGGAGGUCAUGAACCCAAAUCACUGGAUUAUACUGCAUGAAUUGACUGAACUACAAAUAAAUUAAUGAGUUAUACUCUUUCAAA